AAAUAAGAAAAGAAGAUAAGAUUCAGCAAGUAAGAGAGUAUGGAGAAAGGUGGAAGUGCCUUGUUCGAUUAGUCAUGUCCUAUCUCUCUCCUUUUAAGCUUUUAACAAAACACAAAAACAAGUAAACAAAAACCAAACCAUGUUUAGAGACAAACACAUGCUGCCUUUAUUAUUAUUGAAAAAAGAAAAAGACAAACCUCACUGUCUAAAAACUAAAAAGAAGAAGAGUAAACAGAGCUUUAUUAUUAAUCUUGAAAAAUCAAUUAUAUUAAGCAGUGAGGUGCCCCAGAGAAAGAAAGAAAGAAAGAAAGAAGAAGAUAACAUCCCCACCACACACACACAAAACAGAGCUCUGCUGUUAUUUUCUAGAUAUUAGAUAACAGAUACACAGCAGGUGAUUUAGAAAUAGAUCUAGAGAGAGAGAGAGAAGUGAUUUUCUGUAAGUUUAAUGGAUAAAAGCUGUCAAUCCUCUGGUGAUUCUACCAUCACCAGUGGUAGUAGCAGCAAUAGCAACACCAACACCAAUAGCAAUAGCAAUAAAGAUCAGUACCUCAAAAACCUUAAUAAACUAUCUCAUAAGAUCUCUAAACCCAUCAUCCCAAGAAAACCUCCUUUUGAUCAUCAUCAUCAUCAUCAUCAAUCCUUUAACAGUACUGCCACUAAUACUAGCAGCAAUAUUGUUACUAAUCAUAAUCAGCCACAAGCUUCACAAUCGCAGCAGCAGCCACCGGUGUACAAUAUAAACAAGAAUGAUUUCCGAGACGUGGUGCAGAAACUCACCGGAUCUCCAGCUCAUGAAAGGUACUCUACACCUCCACCUAUUCACCCACCUAAGCCUCAAAGCUCUCGCUUGCAGCGGAUACGCCCUCCUCCCCUCGCGCAUGUUAGCAACCGCCCUCCUCCUUUGCUAAACAGCGCCCUCCCUCCUCAGCAGCAGCCACCUCUUCAUGCUCCUAUGAACCCUCCUAUGCCUAUGCCUAUGCCUAUGCCUAUCCAACGCCCAUCCGCUCCUCUCUCACCCUUGCCGCCUUUCCCAGCAGUUCACGCGGCGGCUGAAUCUCCUGUUUCUGCUUAUAUGCGUUACCUUCAAAACUCCAUCUCCGCCUCCGCCUCCGCCGAUUCUAAUAAUAAGCAGUUUUCGGGAUUCUCGCCGCUAGCACCGCUGGUUUCUCCUCGGUGGAAUAACCUAGCUCCUCCUCCACAACAACAACAGCAACCGUUUGCGCCGCCGCCUCCGGUGAUGGCGUCACAGCCGCUGCAGUUCCAGUUGCCGACAUCACCGCUGCCGUUCGGAUGCUUGAACUCGCCGCGAUCACCGCAUCCUUUGCUUUCUCCGUGUUUAUUGAUGUCACCGUCUGCGUUUCCAUUGUCGCCGACAUUACCGGUGCCAAGCCCUAGAUGGAGGGGGCUUUGACUUGAAAGAGAGAGUUUGAUGUUGUUCUUCAGGUAAGCGCAUUUCUGUUCUGUUUUUUCACUAAAACGUUGUCGUUUUAGAGUUUAGGAAGUUUAGUUUAGUGGUCUUUAGGGCAUUAAUUAAUUGCAUAUCCUUUUUCAAUUUUUGUAUAUAGUUUUUGGGGGGAUCUUAGUUGGGUUAUUGCCAGAGGUUGGAUUUGAACAAGUGUCCCAACACUGGUGUUAUUUUAGAAGGUUGUUUGUUUGUUUUUGUAAAUGGAUAUGAAAAACAAAAACAUGUGAAACAAGAAAGCUAUUAUAUUUCUUUUGUUUGUGCU